AUGGAUCUAAUGACAUGUGUCAUAAACAGACAAAUCUUGGGAUUUGCUUUCGUGAACAAUUCAAGAAUCAAUGGGAUAACAUCACUCAACAGUAAAGUGGGACACUUCGACUUCUUCUUCGUCCAUCACUUCAACGUUAGUGACGUCACAAUAACAGCUCCCGGUGAUAGCCCAAAUACCGAUGGUAUCAAGUUCGGAUUCUCUAGCAACAUUCACAUCUCUAACACACUCAUCGGUACCAGACACGACUGUAUCGCCACUCUUUCUGGAAACACUAACAUGGAUAUUUCUAACGUCAAAUGUGGUCCCGGGCAUGGGCUUAGUGUCGGAAGCUUGGGGAAGAACCAAGACGAGAAGGAUGUUACCGACCUAACGUUCAGAGACAUACACAAUCGAUGGUAUUCAAAUCAAGACUUGGGAAUCUCAGCUUCGAAGAUCAUUGUUUCUGACUUUGUGCUCGAGAAUAUUCAAAUGAUUAAUGGAGUUUCUCACGUUCAGAUACAAGACCUUAAGUUAAAGAAUAUAUAUGGGACGUCGAUGAACAAAGUGGUAGUGAACCUACAAUGCAGCAAGAGCAUUCCGUGGAAGAAUGUAGAGCUAAUUAACAUUAACAUAGAGCAUAAUGGAGUUGAUGAUGGUCCUUCCACUGCAGUGUGA